GUUCCGAGGCACGCUCAUUUUGCUUACGAAAGCUCUUCCUUCAAUGGGUCGAGGUAAGCUUCAAGAAAAAUCGAAUGAUGCUUUUUUUUCUUUUCUUUCUUAAAUAGAAUUGUAUAAGUUGGAAUAUAACAUUAGCCAUUUAUUUGAAAUUGGCAUCCAUUUACUUCGGUGAUUUAUCAUGGUUUCCGUAGGAAAGCUCGCGCUUGUCGCUGUUCUAGUCGGGCUUUCUGCCUUUGGCUUCCGUGCUACUAUAGUCCCUAUGAGCACAACUGGCAUAGGCAAGGUGUUAAACGAAGUUUCAGGCCGAAGUCCCGAUGGUAUCGUUGCUGAUCUACUUGGUGCCCCCACGCCCUUUAAGCGGGUGUACACGGGGUCCCCUCAGCUUGAUUCAAUACUUGCGCUGCUAGUAAGCUUCUUUGCAGCGCUAGUUGACGAUCAUGGCGCUGGCUGGGAAGUCACGGCUUUCUACACCUGGGCUAUGGCACAAUUCGUCGCUGGUUGGACUUUGCUCGUGCUGGAAAGCCGACGAUCCGGAAACCGCGGACGUAUUGUGAGUUGGAUUGGCAUAUUCGGGUUUUUCAUCCAGACUUUGACCUGGACGUUUACCGUGCCUCUGUACCUUGCUAUACACUUACUCACGUCACCUACCGCCAAUCUAGCCAGUAAGAAUGGCAAGAGCGUGGGAGAUGCUGCGCGUCGGAGUCUGGUCGUUUAUGGAUGGGACCUUGUCCUGAUUCCUUUAGCUGUGACUGUGGCGUUCAUUGUGCCUGCUAUUUUCAUGAGCAUUCCUUCGAUUCUGGACCAGACUGCUGCAACCCACUACAAUCUUAUCGCGUUUUGGCAGGUAUUCCCAGUGUGGACCACGCUGAUUAUCAAUGUCCUCUCCAAUGUAUUCCACUACUCACUCGGAGAGAUUAGUCCAAAGGACGCUGAAGGCAAGCCCACUACACCUGGGAAGGGCUUUUUGACGGCCGUGUCAAGCGUGUACAGAUUCGGCUUAACAGCCAGUGUCGUAACUCACGUACCUAUCCUACUCGUCUCCCUACUACCUGCCUCUCUACGUUCAACCCUUAUUUCUACGUUCCCCGACUACGCCUCCCUCCUUUCGCAAGUCACCUUCGCGCGUACAUUUGUGCCAUUGCCGCCCUCUGCGGCGCCGACUAUAAACCCUGCUGACUAUGCACCGGGUGACCUCGCCGCUCCAAUUACUCACUUCCUUCAAUACGACUUAUACGUUGGCACUGGAGCUCUCUUGCUAUGGGCUCUGUAUAUAAAUCUCACGACACCCGGGCGCUCGGCGGUUAAGUCUAUCGGUACAUUCGCCUUCUGGACAAUCGCCGGUGGCCCCGCAGCGGGCGCUUUCGCGCUACUCUGGGACCGUGACGAGGUUGUCAAAGAGGGCGAGAGUAAUGCCCGGAAGAGGAAGUAAGAGUCAAUGCUUCGGGGUCUUAGAAAGCAUAGAGUUUACGCUCUAUCCGUGUCGGGUUUCUAAAAUUGCGUGUCGUAGAUGCGAGAUAAUGGGCGAACUUCAAGACGCGUAGGUAUCGUUUGUAUAAGUACUAGAUCAAUUGUAGGGUAUAAAUAUAGAAGAUCUCCGC